GAGUAAUAACCAGGGGUUGGAACAUGGGAGCCUCUGCCUGUCAAGCUUUCUUCAAACUUCUCCAAACUUUCUGCCUUUUUCAAUCUUAAGUUUCAUCUUAUUUGACAAUUUUCCUUUUUUUUCUUUCUUGACCCUUUUUUGUAUUCGAGACAAACAAAUCAAAUUCACGAGGAAAAUAUUUUCCCACGCCAGAAGAAGGAAGGCGUGAAGCUCCCCUGUUUUUUGCAUUAAAGAGAAUAAAUCUUGAUUGGGUGGAUCACCUGUAUCCAUGGGGGAAGCUCCAGCUUUCUUUGAAGAUGAUCUCCAGGGCGAUUUCCCGAAUGGGCUUCUUUUGAAGUCUAAGGGCUGUGAAACGGCUGUCAAUAUCGGCUGCAAUAAAACAUAUGUCAUUGGUGCAACGGAAAAAGAAUCUGCUUGCACAAUUGGGGUUAGGAUUUUCGAUAAAUCUACGAGCAAAUGGGUGAUCCCUACUGUUUUGGGAACAAAACCAAAGCCUUUGGGGGGCCACUCAGCUAUAGCUUUAGAUGAAGAUCGGAUUUUGGUUAUUAAGGGGAACUCGACCUCUGAUGAUUGCUUCUGGUUUUUAGAGGUCAAUACUGCAUUUGUUAGGGAGCAGAAGACGAGAUUCGGGACUGAAGUGGUUGCCUGGAGUAAAGGAGUGAUUGGCGAAUCUGAAAAACCUAUCGUCAUAAGUGGUCCUUCUGGAGUUGGUAAGGGUACCCUGAUUUCCAAACUGAUGGAAGAAUUCCCAUCAAUGUUUGGAUUUUCAGUGAGCCACACAACCCGUGCUCCAAGGAACAAUGAACAGAACGGUGUUCACUACCAUUUCACUGAACGGAGUGUCAUGGAGAAAGACAUAAAGGACGAGAAAUUCCUUGAGUUUGCAGCAGUUCAUGGAAAUCUUUAUGGAACCAGUAUAGAAGCUGUUGAGGUGGUUACUGACCGAGGAAAGAGAUGUAUCCUUGACAUUGACGUUCAAGGGGCCAGAUCUGUGAGGGCUAGUGCUCUUGAAGCCGUUUUCAUCUUUAUCUGUCCUCCCUCAUUUGAGGAACUUGAGAAACGCCUUCGCUCAAGGGGAACUGAGACUGAAGAACAGAUCCAAAAGCGACUGCGAAACGCUAAGGCAGAGCUUGAACAGGGAAACUCACCUGGACUCUUUGAUCAUAUUUUGGUUAAUGAUGAUUUGGAAAAGUGUUACAAGAAUCUCAAGAAACUUCUGGGUCUAGGUGAGUGUGUAAAGACAACGAAGAUACCAGUGCCGAAGUUGGUUCACAUUCCUCUCGAGCACACGGUUUCAAAAAUUGAUCAGAAGAUCCUGAUAAACUGUACUGCUCCAAAGCAAGAAAAAUCAGCUCCAAACAUGUUUAUGCUGGAUUUGUCGUCAACCAAAGGCGGUGCACCUGGACGGACAAGAGGUCUGAGUAUUUACGCGGUAGAACCAUCCACAAACGGUGUUAUUGGUUCUGAAGUGCUAAGCUAACACUUCAAACUUUUCAACUAACAAUUUAUCUCUCGUUCUUUUUUCUGCUUACUGGACUUGAAAAUAAUUGAAGUUUCGAGAGUCAUAAUUAGGGAUUAGGGUUUAGAGAGACACAUAAACUGGUAUGCCCUCUCUUGGAAUAUGAUUAAAGAGGAAUGCUCUUCAUCUGCAUUUCCACAUUCAAUUCAUCAUAUCUUCUGGCUUAUACUACCAUUUUAAGUUUUUCCAUGGAUGGACUAGCUUCUUUCCGUUAAGUUCAUUGCUCUGAUGAAAAGUUUAUGCAUUUUAUUGUAUUUCACGAUCAUGAUCAUGAUCAAGUCGUUGGCAUUACUAUUCAAGCUUGUUUGAUUUUCAUCGAGAUGGAAAACUUGUAUUUAAACCUUAAUUAGGCUAAUAACCCGGGCGACCUCACACGAGCUUUGAUUGAGUUCAAGUCGCUAAUUCACACGUCUUUUCACUCUUUGGCUAAUCGAACUGAACUUGAACGCCUCUUGUACAAAACCUUGUGCUUGAAGUUGGUUUUUGUUAUGUUUUAAGUAAUCCAGAUGCAGAUAAUCUUUCACUUAUUGAUUUCAAAUCGGGCAUCGAGCAGUCCAUUGUUUAUGAAGUGUUGGACACCUGCAUGUUGCUUGUGCAUCAACCACAUGUUUUGCCUGUGUUCCUCGAGCAGCACAUGGCUGUCAUGUGAAUUCCUGAAUGUAGAGGCAAAAACUGGACCACCCCUUCUGCUGGCAUAUGCACUAGGGAAUAGGGACAUGCUCAAUUUUCAGAUUUGAACCAUGAUUAGAUCUUUGUACCUCCCACAAGUGGCUAUAGAGAAGUUGCGGGUUACAAUUAACUCAACCGACCGUCGAUGUGGUAGUUAAAGUGGCUUUCGAUCACCAUUAAGAAUCAAGACAUGUUCUCCUGUAGCUGGAACCUUCGGAACCACAAGAAUCCUUAGUUAGAAUGGGAUUCCAACUCAGCACCUUUUGAGUGAGAUUUUGAGAAGAGUUGCUCUUUGGAGAGCACAGUACGAUGAAAGUUGUAAGCUGUGUUCGGGGGGGAGUUAUUGUCUAUCGUUGGCCUCUAUGGUAGAAGCAGUCGGGGGGCAUGAGAGGCGGUGGUUUACCCUGCGGCGGAUGUCAGCGGUUCGAGUCCGCUUAUCUCCAACUCAUGAACUUAGCCGAUAGAAAGCUAUAUGAUAGCACCCAAUUUUUCCGAUUCGGCGGUUCGAUCUAUGAUUUAUCAUUCAUGGACGUUGAUAAGAUCCAUCCAUUUAGCAGCACCUUAGGAUGGCAUAGCCUUAUAAGGGCGAUAAGGGCGAGGUUCAAACGAGGAAAGGCUUACGGUGGAUACCUAGGCACCCAGAGACGAGGAAGGGCGUAGUAAUCGACGAAAUGCUUCGGGGAGUUGAAAAUAAGCAUAGAUCCGGAGAUUCCCGAAUAGGGCAACCUUUCGAACUGCUGCUGAAUCCAUGGGCAGGCAAGAGACAACCUGGCGAAC